AUGGCAGAUUUUGACCCCUCCUUCCAGCGCAAUCUCUACCUCUCACCGGACCAGCAGGACCUGCUCCUUGCUGCCCUCUCGUCCAACAAUCAACCCACCAAGCCAGGUCCCCAGUCCAAUCUUGGCUCCGCAAACGGUUCGUCCGGAAACGAGCUCUUUGACUCACCCCCUCAAGACAUUCCUGGUUCUGGUCAGCUCAGCUUCGAUCCGGACGACAGCCCAUUUCUUGGACUCGACCUUGACGCUGAAUUUGACGUCUCGGACCAGGUCUUGAUCGGGGAUCUGCCAGGUGCGGAGGGCGAGCAGCACGGGCAGCGUGAGAAGCGGAAGAGCUUGGAUGGGGUAGAGGAUGCGGAUACGGGCAAAAAACGGAAGGAGAAUGAAGACAAGGUCGCAAAGAAGCCAGGCAGGAAGCCUCUGACUUCGGAGCCUACAACGAAACGCAAAGCCCAAAACCGCGCAGCUCAGCGAGCAUUCCGUGAUCGCAAAGAGAAACACCUCAAGGACCUCGAGACGAAAGUCGAGGACCUCGAACGUGCCUCCCAGAACGCAAAUCACGAGAACACUUUGCUCCGCGCCCAUGUUCAACGGCUCCAGGUCGAAUUGAAGGAAUACCGCAAACGUCUUUCCUGGAUAAGUAGCGGCAAUAGUAUAUCACCUACUACGGGCCUGCUGAACCAAGCCAGGAACCUUCAUGCUCAAUCCCGUAUCAACAAUGAAUUCUCCUUUGAUUUCCCCAAGUUCGGCGACCUCCCGGGCGCCCAUAUAUAUAAUAAUGGAUCUCUCUCCAAGGGAAAUCCCAAUACUCGCAGUCAGACUCAUCCAGCUCUCGGUAUAAAGGCAACUAGCCAUCUUGGAACCACGCCCCAGUACUCACCCACCAAUGGACGCACAUUUAGACCGAAUAGCCUAUCUACAACGAAGCCAGGGCCUGAUGCUCUUUCCAGUACUUAUAACUCACACACAUAUGAAAACCCCUCCGUUCCCUUCUCCGAAUCUCCCUCCGCUUCCUCGGAAUCUCAGCACAUAUCAUCAAUCUGCACCUCUCCCGAGUCUAGCCUAACAUCCCCUACCACCACUCAAAAGAGUGACACCGCCAGCGCUGCCUAUGGCAAGAGCAAGCCAAAACAACAAAAUCCUUCCCAGUGUGAACUAAAGUUCUAUGAACGACUGGGUGAGGCAUGCGGGUGUGUGGAUAACCCCAUCCCCGCUGCUAUGGCGAAACAGCCCAGCCUGGGAAACCAGGCAUCACGCUCUAUAAGCCCUGAGAAAGCUGCCACUACCGCAACCCCCACCAGCUCUACCCCAAACACCAGCACAACUCCUGCUACCACUAAUAAUACCAAUAAUACCCAACCAACGCACACAUCUACGGACCCUCUUGCCAACGACACCCCAGGCACGUCUUCUAACCUUCUGUCCGAUCCCUCCAUUCCCAGUUUUGACUGGCUCGCCCAGCAAAACGGUGGCCACUUUGACCCCGUCCUAUUUGGCGACUACCGCGAUCCACAGGAUGCUGUGCUCUCCCAAGAAUUCAGCGGCUUUUUCGACGAUGCCUUCCCCAUGCCCGAUCUAGGAAGUGCAGGGGAGUUUGAUGCUGCCACUCCCGGUUCCACCGCCGCAAAUGGCACCGGUAAGACGCCAGCAAAGGCCGACCAGCCCAUCGCCAUAACGGACAUUGAUGAUGAGGAAGUUGUACCUGGCGAAGACAGGUCACAGAUGCUUUCGUGUACCAAGAUAUGGGAUCGCCUUCAACGAAUGGAGAAAUUCCGCAACGGCGAAAUUGACGUGGAUAACCUUUGCACGCAGCUUCGCACCAAAGCCCGCUGUUCCGAGGGCGGCGUGGUCAUUGAUCAAAAGGAUGUUGAUGAUAUCAUGACCAGAGCGACGUGA